CAUUCAGGUCCCCGAGUGUCACAAGCGAAGGACACAGCCAGCCAAGUGCGGCAGAAAGCGUAAAGAACCUCCCCAUGUGUGUCCCGGGCAGGAGGAAGAUGAGAUAAAGCCACUCAGAUGGAGGCCAGCUCCAGCAGCCUCAAGAGGCUGAAGUUUGGGAAGCUGAAGGUGGUCCGGCGGCGCUUGCUGCAGCGGUACGAGCACCAGCCCUUCAUCUCCUGCCUGGCUGGUUUCUACAGCUGCCGCUGGAAGCGCUACCAGCGCAGGAAGACCGAGCCCGGGAAGUGCUGCUGCAAGACGAGGGAAUGUGUGUUUUUCCCGCUGCUUGUUGGAGCUUUCUGCUUUUCUCUCGUCUUUCUGUACAUGUGGGGUGAAGCAAAAAAUGACUACAAUAACUUUGACUGGUAUAACUAUGGGAACCUGGGCUUCUGGUUUCUCUGGUCUCUUGUGCUCCUGAUUGUGGCUGCCAUCCUCUUCAUGUACAUCACACUGUUGUUGGUCCUAGCCAUGUGCUUGCUUGCAGAAGGCCAGCAGCUGUACCUGCACUGGAGUCACAAGAUUGGGACUUUUCUUGUGCUUGGCUUCUCUGUCACAGCCCUCUUCAUUUUAUCAGUACUUUGGGGAGAUCAAUGGAAAACUGUCCGCCUGUCAUUCCAGAUUACAGCUCCCUAUCUCCACAUAGGGGCAAUAACCCUCAUGGUCCUCCUGUCCUGGCCCGUGGCUCUUCAUGCUAUCAGAGCAGACAAGAAAGUUGUUCAGGUGAUAAUUGUUGGUCCAUACCUGGCUAUCCUUCUCUUUCUUUUCUUGAUACCUCUGGGGAUGUACUCUCCUUGCAUCAGAGAGAUGGGGACACUUGGACCAAAGCCAGCCCUCAUUGGACACCGUGGAGCACCAAUGCUGGCACCAGAAAACACUGAGAUGUCAUUUCAGAAGACCAUUGAACAUGGUGGAGAUGGUCUUGAAACAGAUGUCACCAUCAGCUAUGAUGGGGUUCCUUUCCUCAUGCAUGACAGCACCUUGAGGAGGACAACUAACAUCAAAGAGCUCUACCCCAAUGACACUGCUCAAAAUGCUGCUUUAUUCUCCUGGGAUACCCUGCAGGAGCUGAAUGCUGGAACGUGGUUCCUUAAGGACAAGCCAUUUUCAUACAUGGGCUCACUCUCAAGGGCAGAGCAGAACCAGGCAAUGAAUCAGUCCAUUUACAAGCUCAGCAAUUUCUUGCACCUCGCAGACAGUCAGAACAAACUUGUGAUCUUUGAUCUCUACCGCCCGCCGGAGAAACAUCCUUACAGGAACUCCUGGAUCAACAGAACCCUGGAGGUCAUCCUCAAUGAGUCAGGGAUUAGACCUCAUCUGGUCCUGUGGCUGGAGAAUGACAUGAGGUCCUUUGUUCAGUCUGUUGCUCCUGGGUUUCAGCAGACAAUGGGCAGUAAGGCCCCAGUGGAAGACUUACUGAUGGACAACAUUGUCAAGCUCAACCUGGCCUACACUGAAAUGUCCAGUGAAGAUAUCCGGAAAUAUGCUGAGGCAAACAUCACCACCAACCUCUACGUGGUCAAUGAGCCAUGGCUUUUCUCCCUGGCGUGGUGCUCUGGAGCACAUUCUGUGACCACCGAUGCUGUCCACACGCUGAAGAAUCUCAGCCAGCCACUCUUCCUCAUGACUCCGCAGCAGUACAACAUCAUGUGGAUCCUGACAGACCUGACCUCUGUGCUCCUCAUCUCACUCAUCUUUGCUCUGCACUGGUGGCGAGAGCAGAGUUUCUCCUGCUGUGCCCAUGACAAUGGCCAGAUUCUGGAAAGUGGCACCUACAACAAGUUCAGGACAGAGCUCAGCGACAUGCCGACCAUCAUGGCCUGACACAGGCGAGGAAGGGACCUGCCAUCUCGAGGAGGGCUGGAGAAGAGGCCCUACCCUGCUGUCCAUUCCUGCAAUACAAACCCCAACUGCCAAGGGAGCCAUCUGGAAGCGGGGUUCAGAUCCACACGGUGAAGAGGAACCAUUUGCCUCCAUGACCCUGCUGGAGAUGAGCAUCAAACUUCAUCUCCUACAGUUUUUCUCUCACUCCCAUGUCUGGCAGGGAUCCCUGGAGCAUAGGGGAGCACAGAUGGAGUUGCACCCAUGAAGAAGCUGUGCACCAUGAUGAGAUGCAACAACCACAUGGGGGCCACCAUUUACCUCUGAGGCCACUGGUAUCCCACAGGACAAUCAUCCUGUAAUCCCUCCUGAUGUGUGUGAACCUUCUGUUUCCACAGCUGGGUUUUACACAUGCUGCAAACAUCUGAGCAUCCUUCAGUCCCCCUUGUUCUCAGCUGCCCACGUUUCUCCUGUCAGGCCAGCCUCUUCUCCACACACUCCCUCCUUUCUUGUAGGUGUUGUCCAUCCCUGAGAGCAUGUUGGCCCCACCAUGAUGAUCAAGUGCUGCUGGCUGGGUCACAUGGGUCUGUAUCUUUUUAGAAGACAAGCAAGAGAAGCUUAAGUUUCUUUCCUCCACUCUUACUCUGCCCUGCUGAGACCACAUAUGGAGUAUUGAGUCCAGUUCUGGGCUCCCCAGUUCAAGAGGAUUAUAUAGACCCUAACACAGACCCUACCAGAAGAGGCUCUUCCCAUGGCUGGUGAAGGACUUGUCAGUGCCUUGGCCAUGGUAGCUACUGGGACUAUGACCACUGGGCUGUAUGUGAACUGCUCUCACCAAAUGUCCUCUUUGCUUUUCCCUUGGGAUUUAUUCUGAUUUUCAUGUCUCCCAGUGGCUGCUGGGACACAGUGGGGAGUGGGUGGUCUGUGCCCUGAGGGAGAUGUGAGCAUCUUCCAGGUUUAAGCCAUACAUUUCUACUUGAACAGAUAGCAAGAACACGUGGUUUUGUAAA